CUGAGACUCAGUUUAAACACAGGCAGUAUCUCACUGUUCUGGCAUCCGAAAUACAGCAUUAGACUCCCAGUGGACGUUUCUACAAGGAUCACAUCUGCUGCAGAAGUGAUGUUUUCACAGAUGAAUAACCCAUCCCAGACAAGAGUUAUCACUGUCGUCCUAAGAUUCCCCUAACUGGGAAUAUAACAUUUCUAAGGGGCUCUGACUUGGUGAGAUCUGUGGAGUCAGCAAACAGACGGGAGAGGAUUUGAUAUUCAAAGAAGCAGAACUACAGUGUUUUCUUUAAAACCUUGGACGAUCAGUGUGGUUCUUGCUAAUUUGGAGGAACAGGAGUUAUCAAUGUACCCAUGGUCAAAAAGUACAGUCUAAUGGUAUAAAGCGAUGAGGCCAGAUGAUAUCAACCCUCGUACAGGACUGGUGGUGGCCUUGGUGAGCAUCUUUCUUGUGUUUGGCUUUAUGUUUACAGUUUCUGGGUUCAAAGGAGAGAUGUUGGGACCCAUCCCACUUAUUGCUAUAGGACCAGCUAUUUUUCUACCAGGAGUUGCUGCUAUUACCCUUACAAGGAGAACUGAAGGCUGUACAAAGUGGCCAUACAGAAGGUUUGCCUGCUGCAAGAAACCCAAGGAUAAAGAAAAUGUUGAACUUCUGAAGACCCCGUCAGACAUGGAGUCUGGAAAGGGUAGUUCUAAUGAGCUAGACAAAAAGGGAGAGUCAAAGAAAAAAGGAGAGGACAAAGAAUCUAGCAAAGUCAUCACUAUAGGGGAUGCCAGGACACUCAGCAAUAAAGCGGAAGAAAAUGAGGUGCUUAAGUACUUGGAACAGUGUUAUUCCACAAACACAUUACCAGGCGGGGGGGAAAACCAUAACACAUGUUCUGUUUUUGAUAAAACGUGUGCAUCAGACAGAAUUAUCUACAAUGCAACAGAGGAGAAGGUUACAAUUGAUCCCAGGGAUAGUGAUGGUGGAGUCUGCCCUCAGAAGCAGAAUAGUCCCCAUAACAGGUACUGCUGUUACGUAAAACCAACAGAAGUGAACUUGGACCAAGAGACAGUUGUCUGAAUCCUUAUGAAUGCACUGUAUAAAAAUAAUUGCACUGCAUGACAGAUUCCGUCUGUGAGAAUAGACAAAGUACUUGCUCACAACCUUUUUUUUCCAAAGUGUUGUUAAAGCGGACCAGCAUGUUUAUGCUUUUAAUUCUCUCUGUUUUCUUUCUACUGAUUCGGACCAAUCUUGUUUUUUUUUUUCUUUUCUAUCUUUCAAUACAGUGCCUUGACACAGAGUAGAACAUCAGAACUAGUGCAUUGAGUGUUACUGAUUAAACAGAAAUGCAAUGGGAGCACAGGCAAAUUGCAGACUACAGGAGAAACCUUUGUGUCUUCCAAAACAUUGUUGUGAUAGUAAUUUAUUUCAUAAAUCAUGUAUGACCCCAAAAUAUAAGAUUACACACUGAAGAACAGGUACCAUUUCAAUUACUCGAUGGUAAUUUAGUAUGUUUCUUUUCAGUAUCUCAAUCGUUUGCUCUGACAUUUAUACAAUGGGGAACAUUUGAAUCCUGAUUUAACCAUUUAAGUGCAGGAGUGUGCAAUGCACGGAUUUGCACUGGGUUACAUGCAUUCCAAUAUUUGUGGGUUACAUUUGAUUAUUCUUUGUUUGUUUUUUACCGGAUAAUUUUUUUUUUUUUUAAGGGUUGCACAAAGCAAGCACAAGAUUUGUGACCUAGAAAAAAAUAAAUGUGAAACUGUAGAAGCAAAUUCAAGGCUUUAGGUGCUCCUGUUAGCUUUCUGAGAUCAGACAAUGGG